AUGAGCGGGGUGUGGGGGUCCGGGGGGCCUCGGUGCCAGGCGGCGCUCGCGGUCCUGGCCUCACUGUGCCGGGCCCGGCCGCCCCCUCUCGGGCUGGACGUGGAGACUUGUCGGAGCUUCGAGUUGCAGCCCCUGGAGCGGAGUCCGAGCGCGCCAGACGCAGGCACCUCUGUCAGCCUCCUCACAGUGGUAGUGAUUGUGUGUGGCGUGGCUCUGGUGGCAGUUUUUCUCUUUCUCUUUUGGAAGCUGUGCUGGAUGCCCUGGAGGAGCAAGGAGGCCUCCAGUCCCUCUUCUGCUAACCCUCCCUUGGAGGGUCUCCAGAGCCCCAGCUCCAGAGGCAACAUGGCGGACAAGCUGAAAGACCCCAGCACCCUGGGCUUUCUCGAGGCGGCCGUGAAGAUCAGCCACACGUCCCCAGAUAUCCCGGCCGAGGUGCAGAUGUCCGUCAAGGAGCAUAUCAUGCGUCAUACACGGCUGCAGCGGCAGACCACAGAGCCAGCGUCAUCUAUCAGGCACACCUCCUUCAAGCGCCACCUGCCACGGCAGAUGCACGUUUCCAGUGUUGACUAUGGCAAUGAGCUGCCACUGGCGGCAGAGCAGCCCACCAGCAUUGGCCGCAUCAAGCCUGAGCUCUACAAGCAGAAGUCAGUGGACGGGGAUGAUGCCAAGUCUGAGGCUGCCAAGAGCUGCGGGAAGAUCAACUUCAGCUUACGUUAUGACUACGAGAGUGAGACCCUGAUCGUACGCAUUCUGAAGGCCUUCGACCUCCCUGCCAAGGACUUUUGUGGCAGCUCUGACCCUUAUGUCAAGAUCUACCUCCUGCCUGACCGCAAGUGCAAGCUGCAGACACGGGUGCACCGCAAGACCCUGAACCCCACCUUCGAUGAGAACUUCCACUUCCCGGUGCCCUAUGAGGAGCUGGCUGACCGCAAGCUGCAUCUCAGUGUCUUUGACUUCGAUCGAUUUUCCCGCCACGACAUGAUUGGGGAGGUCAUCCUGGACAACCUCUUUGAGGCCUCCGACCUGUCCCGGGAAACCUCCAUCUGGAAGGACAUCCAGUAUGCCACAAGUGAAAGCGUGGAUUUGGGAGAGAUCAUGUUCUCCCUCUGCUACCUGCCCACAGCAGGCAGGCUCACUCUCACAGUGAUCAAAUGUCGGAACCUCAAGGCAAUGGACAUCACAGGCUAUUCAGAUCCAUAUGUCAAAGUGUCCCUGCUUUGUGACGGGCGGAGGCUAAAGAAGAAGAAAACGACUAUAAAGAAGAAUACUCUCAAUCCUGUCUACAAUGAGGCCAUCAUCUUUGACAUUCCCCCUGAGAACAUGGAUCAAGUCAGUCUGCUCAUCUCAGUUAUGGAUUAUGACCGCGUGGGCCACAAUGAGAUCAUAGGAGUCUGUCGUGUGGGGAUCAAUGCUGAAGGCCUGGGCAGAGACCACUGGAAUGAGAUGUUGGCAUACCCACGGAAGCCCAUUGCACAUUGGCACUCCUUGGUGGAGGUAAAGAAAUCCUUCAAAGAGGGAACCCCUCGGUUGUGA